AUGAUUGUCGAUUUGUUUCUCAUGCAAGAUACACGAGCCUCGCUUGUUGGGGCCGGGCUCGUCCUUGUGAUAACCUGGGCUCUGCGAUACAUCUUGUUCCAGGGCUCUAAGCUGCCGAUUAUCAACAAGCAAAGUAUCUUCGAGCUUGGGCAGAUCUCGUCCAAGAAGGGCUACGUUUCCGGUGCUGCCAACCUGAUCAGAGAUGGAUUCGCCAAGCUGAUGCUUACCAUUCUGGGGAAACAGUCUGCGAAAGGAUUCCGCCUCGUCACCGACAAUGGUUGCCAGAUCGUCUUGUCUCCGAAAUACCUCGAGGAGAUCCGCCAGCAUCCCGACCUGAGUCGUGACAAAGCUUCUGCUAGGGAGCUCAUGUCGCACCUUCCUGGGUUCGAGGUUUUCCGGGAAGGAUCUAAGGAUGAGCGCAUUCUCCACGACGCAGUGUUGACUAAACUGACAAGAACACUUGGUCGUGUUACCGAGCACCUCUCUCACGAAACAGCACUGAGCUUUGAGAAGCACUGGACGAAUGAACGCGAAUGGCAUGCGGUACCACUGCGAUCGAGCAUCACGCAGAUCAUUGCCCAGACGUCUUCCCGGGUAUUCUUGGGCGAGAAGCUCUGCAGAGACCCUGAAUGGCUUCACAUUACCAUUAAUUAUGCGGUACACGUGAUUACGGCUACUGAGCAGCUCCGUCAAUGGCCCCAUAUGCUCCGGUAUGUCGUUCACUGGUUUCUUCCAACCUGCCGGAGACUGCGUCAGGAUAUGCGAGAGGCUCUGGGUCUUAUCCUCCCAGUUUUGAAAGAGCGCCAAGAGGAGAAAGCGGCAGCCAGAGCAGCAGGAAAGAACCCCGUCUCGUACAGUGAUGCCAUUGACUGGAUGGAAGACACCGCGAAAGGCCGUGCUUAUAACCCAGCUAUCUCGCAACUCCUGUUGUCUAUGGCAGCCAUCCACACCUCGGCCGACAUGUUGACUCAGGUCUUGUUCGAUAUUGCUGAGAGGGAAGAUCUGGUGACAGCAUUGCGCGAAGAGAUCAUGACUGUUGUCCGCGACUGUGGCUGGAGUAAAAUCUCGCUGUACAAGUUGGUUCUGAUGGAUAGCACCAUCAAAGAGAGCCAGAGACUCAAGCCUAUUGCCAUCACUCCCAUGCGUCGUCUUGCGACCAAAGAUGUGUUGCUGUCGGAUGGCAUGUUUAUCCCGAAAAAUACAACCGUUCUAUUCCCUGCCGAUGCCAUGUGGGAUCCCGACUUCUACGAGAAUCCACAGGAGUUUGAUCCCUAUCGGUAUAUGCGCAUGCGCGAGUCCCCGAAUCGGCAAGCGCAAACAGCCGCACAGCUCGUCUCGCCCUCGCCGAACCACCUCGGUUGGGGCUUCGGACAGCACGCUUGUCCAGGUCGGUUCUUCGCUGCUAACGAACUCAAGAUCGCGCUCUGUCAACUUCUGUUGAAGUAUGAUUUCAAAUUGGACCAAGAGCGCCUGCCGGAGGUUCGUCGCCACGGAACCUCUCGAACCGCUGAUCCGGUAGCUAAGCUUGUGAUUCGGAGACGUGAGGACAACGCUGCAGUGCAGGAUUUGCCGUGUAUGGCCUGA